AGUCUGCCUCUUGGGCCAGUCACAUAAUUUGCAUGGAGAGAAUGGGGCCCCUCCAGAGCUCACCCCUCCCUCCCCAGCAGGGGUAGUCUUCCCCUGGGCUGAGAUCUGACAGCAGGUGGAGGCAGCAGCCGCAGGUGCCUAGGUGCUGGCUCACUGUUCCCAGGAGGAUGCCCCGCGCCUUCCUGGUCAGGAGCCGGCGUCCACAGCCACCAGACUGGGGCCACCUGCCUGACCAGCUCCGGGGAGAUGCCUAUGUCCCAGACUGCAGCAACCUGGGCAGGCCAGCGGCUCACCAGUCUUCCAGCCUUGGGGACUCUUGGGCAGCGCCCACGCAAGACACGCUGGCCGCGGCUCCUACGGGUCCUGGAACACUUGGCUGCCCGCUCUGCCCCAAGGCUUUCCCACUGCAGCGCAUGCUGACGCGGCACCUCAAGUGCCACAGCCCCGCGCGCCGGCACGUAUGCUGCUGUUGCGGCAAGGGCUUCCACGACGCCUUCGAUCUCAAGCGCCAUAUGAGGACUCACACAGGAAUCCGGCCUUUCCGCUGCGGAGCUUGCGGAAAAGCAUUUACUCAGCGUUGCUCGCUCGAAGCGCAUCUUGCCAAGGUGCACGGGCAGCCCGCCAGCUACGCUUAUCGCGAGCGCCGCGAGAAACUGCACGUGUGCGAGGACUGCGGCUUCACUAGCUCGCGGCCCGAUGCCUACUUGCAGCACCGCACCCUGCACCGCACUACAUGAGAGGGUGCACCCAGCAUCCUACCCGUGAAGCAA